AUUACUCCCCACCCCAGCACGCGGGAGGCGAGGGCGAUAAUAAAAUUGGCGCGCAAAAUACAAUCAGCUCAUUUUCCUCCAUUCUCAUUCCUUUCUGCCCUCCCAGAUUCCCCCAAAUUGUGCCCAAAAUCCCCAAAUCAAAACCCUAAAUUUUUCGCCCUAAUUCACUAAAAGCAGAAUUCUCUCGGAAAUAACUUGGCAAAUCAGAUUUACGCAAAUUAUCAAUGCUUGCAAUCUUUGGCGAAAGUCGAAAGCAUCUCAGGGAAUUGAUAAACUUGCUACGUUUAUACUAUUGGUGCGUUGAAUGAUGGGCGAAGACUACAAACUUUGAAGGGCUUAUUUUCAUCUUCGCAUUUGUGGGCGUUUCUUAAUAUGGCAAAUUAUUAUGAUAUUGAUGAUGUUUUAGCUGAACAGGAGUUUUUACCAGUUUUAUUCCAGCAAGGAGCGGAGGGGGUCGGGUUAUUUGAUUCUGGUGAUGAUGCGAAUGAGGUUGAAGCUGGUGCAAAAGUAGAGUUGCCAUUUUGUCUAGCUCGAGAUUUACAUGUGAGAGGAGUGGUCGCCAUUGACGUUCCACCAUACUUCAGAAAAGUUUCUAGGACACGCAAGGAAAUUGAAGCUGAUGCUGCACAUGUGGAUCUAAGAAGUCGAUGCCAAUAUUUCUAUGAACUAGGACUAAAAAUAGCACCACUGGCUGGUGACAAAAGCAUUGGACCUUUCCUCCUAGUUGCAUUUCAGACCAGAUAUAAGGAGGUUCUUGUAAAGGCACAUACUGCUGCAUCUGCAGUGGCUUCCAAGCACUUGACACUUCUAACAAAUGAAGAGGUUAAAUUAUGCAAAGCUGGUCAAUCAUCGACAGCAGCAUUCAAGAAGUGACGGAUGGGAGCGCCAAGAUUGCAAAAAGCUCCUGUUCUUGGUAGGAAGAGGAAACCAAUUGAAUAGGUGCUGUUUGUUAUAUUGUGUAAUGGAUGGAUGUCAUUACACGAAUGCCACUGUAGGUAAGAGAUUAAUGAGAAUAUUCAAUUAUGUUCUUAAGUAGGUCAGGAAUCUGGAGAAUAAUUUUGAUGCUAGCUUAUGCAGUUUUAUUUAGUGCAACAAAUUAUUCUAGGUAUCAGAAAAUUUAAAGACAAUCUUCAAUACUGUUCGUAGUUCCUUAUUGCCUCCCAUUUUCUUUCUUGUUUGCCACUAAGGUUGUUACUUUGAAAUAUGCCUAAAAGUGCUGUACAAGUACUGAUAAUAUAGCCAUUCUGACAGAG